AAACAAUAUACCAAGUGCCGUGGGUUGCGGGAACGUACACCAUCUAAUCAAUUCAUCCCAACCAAAUACUCGACAUCAUGGCCCUCAUCAAUAUUUCCAUCACUUCCGACCCUGUCUGUCCAUGGUGCUAUAUAGGCUACCGCCGCCUCACCAAGGCUAUUCGCUUAUACCAGAAGACCUACCCCGGUGGGGGUCGAGACACGGUGCGAGUGAGCUGGAAGCUAUAUAUCCUAGACGCGAACGCGCCAACGGAAAGCAUUCCGUACAUGGAGCGAAUGACCCAAAAGCUCGGCGCAGAUAAAGUCGCCGGCACUCAAGCCCACCUCCAGCGACUGGGCCGUGCCGACGGAAUUCACUUCCGAUUUGGUGGCAGAAUCGGGAGUACCAUUCGGGCGCACCAAAUGAUUAUGUUGAGCGAGUUGCAGGAUCAGAAGAGCGGCGAUGAUACCCGUGCCGGUACGGCCGGGGUUGUCGAGGCGAUCUUCCGGGCCCAUUUUGAGGAAGAGCAAGAUAUCACUGAUCCUGAGACGUUAAUUCGGUUAGCUGUACAGGCGGGGAGUGGGCUGGAGGAAAGUCAGGUCCGCUCGUGGCUGGAAGAAGGGCAGGGGGUAGCGGAGAUCCAGAGUGAGGCGCAGAGGGCGCGCGAUGAGGGUAUCCAAGGGGUACCGCACUUUCAAAUUGGAGAGGGGAAGGGUAUGCGAACUCUGAGUGGGGGGCAGGAUGCGUCGGAUUUCUUGCAGGCUCUGAUUGCAUAUAAGGAGGGGUUGGGCGGUACUACUGAGGACAGUGCGUCGAGACAAGUCUCGAUUGAGAAUGCAUGCUGAUCCUGGAAUAAAACGGGCG